AUGUUUAACGGUUUCGUUUGCGUGGCGUUGUUGGGCGCCUUCUCCGUGGCCCGAGCGGGGUUCGAGGAAGGCCACGGCGGGGGCCACGAGGUGUCCCACUCGGUGGAAGUCACGAAACACGUGCCGGUGCCAGUAUAUCAACACGAAGUGGUUAAGAUACCUCACACGGUGCCCGUGCCAGUCCCUAAGCCCGUGGCGGUGCCGGUGGCUAAGCCCUACCCCGUCCACGUCAAAGUACCUCAACCUGUGGCGGUUCCCGUGAUCAAGACCAUCACCGUCCCCGUCGAGAAGCCGGUGCCUUUCAAGGUGGAGAAGGUGGUGCACUACCACGUCGAGAAACCCGUGCCUGUACCCAUCGAGAAACACGUCCCUGUUAAGAUCCCCAAGCCGGUGCCUGUGAAAGUACCCGUCUACAAGGUGGUGUACCACCACGGCAAACACUGACCUGCCAAAGACUGAUUUUUGUUACCGAUAGUCAUUACUUGUUGUUAUUGUUGUUAUUUCUUUUUCGUUG